AUGGAGCAGAUCAAGCGCGCCAACCGCCUCUACACCACGGACACCAUCUUCCUCAAGCCCACCCUCCUCAUCCCCGCGCCGGCGCAGCCGGGGGGACCCUGCCCCGAGGAUGAGGAUGAGGACGAGGACGCGCCCGUCCCCUCGGGGGAUGCCCCGGCCGCCCCGGCCCGCCACGACCUCUCGGCUACCGAUUUCCUGCGGCAGCUCGAC